AUGCCGGAGACAUUCUUUGUGGAAACAACACCCCCGUCCUCGACUAGCGAGCGUUGGACCUCCGACGACGGUCCACCAGUUCCAGCUCGACAAGGCAAGGAUCGCCCCGGCGUCAAGCUGCGCAGCGCCUGCGACUUCUGUCAUGCUGCCAAAGUGAAGUGCUCCGGGGGCUCUGCCUGUGACCGUUGUCGCGCCCAAGAUCUGCCCUGUACCUACAGCCUCGCAAUGAGGGCGGGCAAGCCAAAGGGCAGUUGUAACCGGAAGACGCUUGACAAACACGCCCGCAUCCGCCAGCAGCAUGCCGCCAGGCACGCCAGUCUCGACUGGGGCUGGAGUCCUCCAACCACGAUGGGUACGGGUGUCAACGAAGCCACGUGGUUUAACGGCGGUUUGCUCGGGAUGGGUCUGCAGACGGAGGAGCAGAAUACCCCAGGUUUUGACCACUUAAACUAUGCGAGUGACCCCCAGCCACAGUGCCUGCUUUCACCAGAAAGUGUGCCAGAGCAGGGCUGCUGCUCAAUCCCUGCCCUGACUGAAGAGCCCUUCUUCGAGGCUCAUCUCUCCAGUUUGAACGAAGUCAACUUCGAGAUGCCCAACGCGGAAGCUGCCAACAUCUGCCAUAAUACUGCCUCGCUGCCUUUCUCUCCGUCAACAACGCCCGAGGCGUCUGUGCCGGUACCGAGUGAGCCAGAGGACCGACAAGCGUGCACUUGUUUCACGGACCAAACAGAGUCACUCAACAGACUCUACUCCUUUCACCGUUCAGUUCAAUCACAGGCCAGAGGCAAUAGUCUGUCACCACCCGGGAAGCAAUGCCGCCUCGACACAUGUAUACAGCGGAUCAACACGGCUCUCACCUCGUCCAAGUCUUUCUUGUCUUGCACACGCUGCUCAAAGGAGUCAUGCUCAGUACUCCUCACCGUAUCCUCUCUUCAGCUGGUGAUGCGGCUGUAUGAGUACGUCGUUGCAGAGAUACAGUGCACCGGAAGCGCUGUCACUUCAAGAGAAAGUCCGCCUUCGACAGUGGACGGUCUCAGUGGCGACCAUUCUCACAUGUCAUGUCGGUUGGGUGACUACGAAGUCAGUCCGGAGGAAUCGGUCGCGAUCCGGCGACUAGUCGUGCGGAGAGCUCUCCAGAAAGGCAGGGAGACACUCGCCGCGCUGAAGAUGCUGUCGAUGGGCGAGGACUGUCGGGGCGACGGCAGCAGUGCCUCGGUAUCACCAUCGCCAGGGAAGUCAUCCGACACGCGGGCAGCGGCGAAGGCCACCGGAACAAAAUCACAGAGCCGAGGCUUACUGGAAACAGAUCUGACGGCAGCUGACGCCACUUACCUUCAGCAGGUGGUGUGUCGUUGUGAUGCAGUGCUGGAUGUAUUUCUGCGCGCAGUCUCCGUAACAUAA